UCUACUCGGGCUCCGGCUCAGUCGUUUACCGACAACCGGCCUGCAAACGUGUUCGAAUUGAUUCGUUCAAUCAUUUUCGUGCCAAGCGUGGGCAUCGGUUGAAUUUCAGAUGUGCAUUAACAAGUUUUCUGAUGCCGGAGAUGCAUGCAGUUUGAAUCCCAGUGUGAGUGGGUGAUAUGCGUUUCUCGGUGAUCUGAAUUCAGAAAAAGUGCCCAAACAUAGGUCGACGGAAACCAAGUUCAACGAGUUGUGCAACUAUGAUAAUAAUUCACGUUCUGAAACUUAAUCGAGAUUGAUGAACGGUGUAUAGAAUUAAGUCAUAAAACAAGUUCAAAGAAGCCAGUUGACGACUCUUUUAUGAUAAUGUGCUAAUAUUGAAUGCAGAGAGAAUACGACGUUUCUAAGCUGCGGAACUGAGAUCAUACCCCCCUGAGAUGUGUGUGAAGAUUAGAUAUUUAGUACAUGUUAAAUAAUUGCUUCUUAGCGCCGAUACUUAAGCUGUAAGUGUGUGAUAAUAGUAAGUGCAAAUUUGAAAAUGUAUUGAUAAAAAUAAAUAGUAGCACACCGCUGUCGCUGCCACUUUGUGUAUAUAAAUGAGCAGUGUUCUGUUCAGGUGUAUGAGUGCAAAAAAGAUUGUUGCUUCCACACUGUACUAAGUGAAGAAAACGAAACGCGAGAGAACCGGCCCGACAGCAGCGGCAUCAGCGAUAUUUGAAUGGGACGAAGUGGAUGAAUUAUUUAUUCACGUUUAUUGAAAAUCAUAAAAGUGACGAUAAAUUGGGAAAAAUUGAAACCAGUUUCGAGUCUUGUUAGAAUAGUUCGUGGCGAUCUUGCGCGGACGAUCUUGAGAGAGAGAAGGUUGACCACUUGGAGGACACUAAUCUCACGAUAAGAAUCCAUUUUUAAUUCCGCGGCGGCGGCGGCGAUACAACACACCUCAUCACCACGGUUCGAGCCGGUCCCAGAGAGCGAUGAAACAACAGUAGCCUGUAUGUGUCCGAUCGGGGCAGACCCAGGCAAUCUCUACGGUCGGUCGGUUGGUCAGAAUCAACUUAGAAUCGCGGCAUUCCUAUAUAGCAGAAUAAAAGCACUUGCUGGGCAUUUGUGCAACAACCGGUCACGAGACGUCGAACGAAGCAAGCGUUGAGGUGUAGCGACGCGACAUACCUACGUCUACGUACAUGCCUAUCCUACGGCUACUGUGAUCGUCGGUCGUGAAUAUCGCGCGCUCGGCAUAUCGUAUAUUCGUAUGAAAUAACAAACCGCAGGAGCGAAAGCUGCGAAGCCCCGUGUGGAAGUGAGGAGAGAAAAAACAGAUUUUUCGAUAGAAUUACGUCAAUAGAAUUGAUUUUUAAUGGAUUCGAAUGUGGAUGGAAGUGAGUUCAGCCCGACGAGAGCUGAUAGCAACAACCGGCAGCAAGAAGAAAACGAAGAAGCCAUAACGAGCUCUCGCUGGAUGAUGUCGAUGGUUUGUUUGGUGGUAACCGUGAAGUGAAAAGAAGUGGAAGAAUUUUCUUUUUUUUCGGGUUCGGUCCGAUAUCUGUGCACGAGAGUUUGUAUGGAAGACAUCAACGAUUUAUCAGUGAAAGAAUAUCAGCAGCAGAUUUGUUUUCGACGACCAUCGAAGACAACACCGCCCGUCGGUCGGGAGCCUCGGCGCUGUAUCAUCAAUCUGACAAAAUACGGCCAAUGCUUUCAGCCGUGGAGAACCUAGGAUCCGGUCGGGUUUAUCCCCAUCCGUUUCCAGGUGCGGCGGCGCCCUCGUUGCUAGGCCAGCUCCCGCUGUCGGCUGCUGGCCUGCCGUUGCUAGGACCCAACAUGGUCGAUAUGUCAGUGGCUGAGUUUGCCCGACCGCAUCCCAAACAGCAAAGGUACAACGAAGCUCCACGAAAUGGAUUGCUUCCGUCAUCGAGGCCAAAAUACUCCGACGUCUCACCACAGUCCCCACAAAGCGGCCCGGUGAAUUUGGCCGUGAGUCCCAACCUACCAAAUCCUCACAGCAACCAAACGCUAGGAGCCACAAAGCUGGGCCACCUCGGUCAUGAUUUUCAUGAACGAGCGCUGCAGGCUCACGCCGCCCAAGCUCGAGCCCAUGCUCAGCAACAGCAACAACAACAGCAGCAACAACAACAUCAACAGCAUCAGCAACAACUUCAACAACAGCAACAGCGACAUCAAGAACAGCAAAAAGAAGCCGCGGUAGCCGCUGCAGCUGCUGCUGCCGCGGUUGAUAUUGGAAAGCUGUACUCACCCACAAAUCCACGAUUAUCGUUUUUUCCUGGCCCGAUAGAUAAUUCCUAUCCCAGUCUGAACUACGGUCUUUAUCCAUUUGGAUAUUCAGCGGCCCACAUAGAAGCUCGAUUACUAGGGCGUCCGCCAUAUAUGCCGGGCCAACGGGAACCAUAUCCGACGUCUCCCUUCCUAACGCCAGGCUCAUUCGGCACUCCCGACAGUUCCAAAUCGAAAAAUUAUGCCCCAGUUUCCUUACCACAUGUGAAUGGCCAUAUUGGCCUUAAGCCUACCUCUCUUCCACAAUUACCUCAGGACAAGAUUCCCUCUUCUGAGAGAAGUCCAACAUUGCCACCGUCCCCAUCAUCGUCAGGCCUAAUGGGCAGCGCAUACUCAGACAGGGACCGGGGAUACCCUCCCAGCGGAAUGCCAUCCGGUAUUCCGGAACACUCGUUACACAGCAGCAAAUACCCAAGUAACCAUCCCAUCCUGCACGAAAAGGAAAACAAACUCGAACACAAGCAGCACAAUUCUAGUCACCAUCAACCGCAGCUCUCGAACCCAGCUUCUUUGUCGAGGUCGCCUUUACAGACCCACCAUCCAUUCCUGCCACCAAUGCCAUCUUCAUCGUCAACGGCUUCUUCCCAGCCGUCUUCCACCAGUCAACGUCACCACUCGAUGCCCCAUCCUUCCUCGUCCGCCCUCUCCCAUCAUCCCCAUCCUUCCUUAGCAGCAGACGGCGGGCUUCGUCUCGAACAACUGCCUCAGGAUAAUGAAUUCAAGGUUCCGUCCGGCAAAGAGGGUUCCAUGAAGCAUCGAAUUCUGACGCGACCCGCGAGCGAACGAGACGUGCGACGAAGAUCUCCAACAACGAAAUCGACUACUAUUUUUAGGCCAUACGAAAAUGGUACGACCACGAAUUUUACCAAGGGUGCCCUGAUUCAGCUGGCUGAGGAGUGCAAACGGGUGGAAGAUGUGCGAACCGAGGACUUAGUACAAACGGCCGAAAAAUCGGCCAACCUGCGGCUGGCGGAAUCGACCGCCGUCAAGAUUACCCCGCGUAACAACAACGUGAUUAUCACGUUCAGCUACGACAACAACCGAUCCCGGAUCGACAUCGAGGCAACGAUCGAGCAUCCUUUUUUCGUGUACGGACAAGGCUGGGCCUCCUGUAGUCCGGAGAAAUCUCUGCACCACUUUGGUCUCAAGUGCCAAAAGUUGCAAGUCGGUGACAUUUGUCUCUCUUUGAUUCCACGUGAAAAGCCAAAAACGAGCCAUUCCUCCUCUAGUUCGUCGUCUACAUCGUACCUGGCUCCACAGCCGGCGUCAUCGGGUGGAGGUGGUGGUGGUGGUGUUGGUGGUCAGUAUCUGCCUCCCUCCCAGCAGUUACACCAUCACGACAUCAACGGAAAUCAGACAUCGCUACACCACCAGCCCCCAUAUCAUCUCCAGCAACAUACUCAACAAUCGCUGGGUCAUUCGCCGCGAGCCAAUCGCGAUCGAGGUGAAAUCGGCGGUCAAUAUCUAUCUCAGAAUCUUUCGCGCAAAGCGCCGUCCUUCCAUUCGUCAACGAUUCCUACAACGGCCACCACUACGGCCGUUUCCUCUCGACCUUCUGGUACAUUACCGUACAGCAGCUUCCCGUCGGUGCCGGCGUUUUCUAUGCCCUUUUCGGCGGCUAAUUUAAGUAAACCCCACGAUCCUUCCCACUAUUCGCCAAAAAGGUCUCCCGACCAUUUGACCCUAGGCAACCGAUCGGGCACCAAAUCCCAAGGAUCGCUCGACUCGGCCGAUCAGCCCGUGGCUAUGGUUGUGGACAAACCUACCCAUUCCUCGUCCUCUUCCACAUCUUCGACGUCCUCGGGCGUCAGCAGUGGGGCGUCGUACACUUCUUCAUCGUCAGCCGUAAGCAACGUCAGCAGCGGUGUUGCAAAAACUGCUGGCAACAUGGCCGCUUCCGUGACAGAUAGCGGUAACGUCAACAUUGACGACGAAGAUUGCGUCAUUGAUGCGUCCGUUUCGCGAAAGCGCCGAUGGUCUGCACCGGAUGUGUGCGACGACUCGGAGGAUGCCUGCCAAGAUCCAAAGGCAGACGGUUCGGAUGGGCAACCCCCACCGGCAAAGGUUUCCCAGCCGCUAACCUAGGUUGGUGGUUUCUAUUUAUUAGGUGUAGCUUUGGGACGCUCGUGCAAGCGUUGGCGUGCAUUUGUAGAAGGUUAUGUGCAAGAACUUUUGCAAGUUGUGCCGAUGAUUGGAGGAAGCCACUGAAUAAUAUAGCAACUUAAGAUUUAUCCAAUAAACCGUUUUCGAUCUCAACUCAUUCAUUGAACGUUGGGAGAUUUUGCUCCUAAAUUGGUUCAGUGGUUUCCUUCAGGACAGUACAACCCGCGAACAAAAUUUGUGUAGAUAUUGGUGAUUUUGACAAACAGUUAGAUUCGGAGAAUAUAUUCGAUUUAUAUACAUGAAACAAAAAACCUAAACGCUCAUUUGUAAUGUGAAUGAUAGAUGUUUUCUAAAAACAAACAAUUAGGUGCACGGUUUGGAAAAUUAUUUAAAAACACGCAGUUUUGUCAGAGAACGUUGCUUUUUUAUCCAUUUUUAUCGAAGGAUAAUCAAUUCUGCCCCAUUUUGUUUUUUAAGUUGUUUUUCAUGAUAUUGUUAAACGAACGGUUCGAUUACUUAGUUUGUAUGAGCAAAACUAUUGCAAAUAUUCUAAUGGCAUCUUACGAAAUGUUACUGUUGUUAUUUCCGGAAAUUGUGUUAGAGGAAUAUGAUCAAUUUGAAACCUACCAGUACGAUACGCGAUGUUAGCCUAACCUAGCUGUCAGCACGCUGGCAAUCAUUGCAAUGUUGGCCAUGAAUUUUUCAAAUAAUGAAAUGAGUUUAUAAAACUCGGAAUGAGGAGUAAAUGACAAAGAAGUUGGAAAGAGUCAUGAAAACAACUGCUAGAACUUGAAGCUGACAAAAAAAAACAAGAUGUAAAAGUUACUUACUGAUGAUAAACAUUCAAAAAACAUCUUCAUGUAAUUAUGUAAACUACGCUAUUGCAACUCUGUGUUUUUUGAAUAAUUUUCUUUAACCGUGGUACAAAACCAUUUCUCAUACAUUCAAACAAAAUUAAGAAACAUAUGGGAAGAAACUAAAUAUACUAUUGAAAAACAAAAUGCUAUUGAUGUGAUUCAGAAACUGAAAAGUAUUGAUUGGAAUCAAAUCUAAUUCGUUGUUGACACUUAACCAAGUAACAAAAAUUAAAAACUAUACGCGAAAGCGAAAGAAAGUUGUGUACAUAUAAAUUUUAUUAAUUUACUUCGUAGACAAUUAGCUAAGAGCAGUAGAUGUAAGAUUUCAUUGGGAAAUUUGCCAUGCUACAAAUUAUUGAUAGAUACAUACAGAAAAAAACACAGAACAGUGGCCAAGAGAGCAAAGCAGGUUUCAUAAAAAAUGGCAGACAUGUGUCGAACCAUGCUCGACAACUGCGUGAAAAGGGAAACCUCAAUUUAGUGAAGAAAUUCCAUUAGCAGAUCGAACGAUGGCCACUAUUGCAACGUUGAAACAACUAUACAGUAUACACAAACACUUGUGAAACAAAGUAAACAAUAUACUUUUGCACACCGACAAAGGAAAGUGGAGAAGAAGAAAGAGUCGAUACACGUAAUGUUCUCGGGGCAUUUAAACAAAUAAAUCGAAACUGAACACAAUUGGACAGUGAAGAACAUAGAUAAACAAAGAAAUCCUACAUAUAUUUUUUCCUAGCUGCAAAAGUCAGAUUGUAUGUGCCUUUCGGAAAAUAAACAUAGAUUUUUAUUUUUUCAAAGAGUGAAACCGUAAGUACAUUCGGUAACAGUAAAACAUAUGCCUUUUUAUAUUACACACUCACACGUACACAAAAAAAUAGUCGGAUUGAAAAUCUGUAGAAGCUCAUACAUAUUACCGAGUAAUGGUAACACAAAAUGAAAAUUUGAGAUAAAACCUAAACAUUUAUAAUGCCGCAUAGCAGCAGCAGCAGGAACACAAGUUGUGGAUAGAAUAUGUACGGUAGACAGAAGUAUUAGAAUUAUUUUCUCUCCUGAAGAUGACAAAACAAACACGUAAAUGGUACUCAACAGAACAGUGCUUAGUUAGACAAAAAAAAACUUUGACAAAUUUAUGCACAAAAUAAAGUUAAAAAAAACCUGCAGUGUAUAGGGUUGUAAGCUAAUGUUGUAAAUUAAUGUCAAUCAAAUUGGAAAAACAAAUAAAUAUUAAAAUAUAAAAUCA